AUGGCAUUUGUUUCCAAUGGAUCUGAGUACGACUUUGUCGUCGUUGGCGGCGGUACCGCUGGCAAUGCAAUUGCUGGUCGUCUAGCCGAAAACCCUGAUGUCCGCAUCCUGGUUGUCGAGGCCGGAAUUCCCAACCCCGAUCAAAUCGAGCAGAUCACCACUCCCUCCAAGGCGUUCACCCUCCGCGGCAGCCAGUAUGACUGGUCCUACAAGACCACCAUGAUCAAGCGUGAAGAGUAUGAGCGAGUCGAAAAGCCCAACACUCGGGGCAAGGCCCUUGGUGGAAGUUCCUGUGCCAAUUACUUCACCUGGAUUCCUGGUUCCAAGCCCACCUUCGAUGACUGGGAGGCUUUUGGUGGCCGGGAUUGGAACUGGGACAACUGCGUCGACUAUCUGCGCAAGUGCGCUACAUACCACGACGAUGAGAAGCUUUACUCGGCCGACCUGGGCAAAAUUGGCACCGGUGGGCCCGUGCAGAUAUCUCAUGCCGACUUGGUUCCGGAAAUGAAGCCAUUCCGCGAUGCGCUCACCGAAGCUUGGAUUUCCAAGGGCCAGCCACUGAGUGAGGAUAUUUACUCGGGUGAGAUGAAGGGUCUCACUCACUGUGUUGAUACCAUCUACCAGGGUGAGCGCCAAGGCAGUUUCCUCUACCUGAAGAACAAGCCAAAUGUCACCAUUCUCUACGGAGUUCGGUCGAAGCAAUUGAUCAUCGAUCCCGUUACUCACAUCUGCUCCGGUGUCACUGUCGUCGGCGAUGAGUACAACACUGAGCUCAGCGUCUAUGCUAGCCGAGAAGUCAUUCUGUCGCAAGGUGUGUUUGAGACACCUAAGCUUCUCAUGCUGAGCGGUGUCGGCCCGGCCGAAGAGCUCGCCAAGCAUGGCAUUAAGCCUAUUGUCGAGUCUCCCCAUGUUGGGCAGCAUCUCUUGGACCACCCCAUCGUACCAUUUGUCCUCGAAGUCAAGGACGGCUACAGUCUGGAUGCGCACAUCCUCCGUCCUGGUCCACUGAAUGACCAGGCUGUCUCCACUUACAAGAACAGCAAGACUGGCCCCGCAAGCUCCGGAUUCCUUGAACUCGUCGGAUUCCCUCGCAUCGACGAGCGCCUGCAGAAAUACCCAGCUUACCGCGAGGCCAAGGCUGCUAACGGUGGACUCGACCCAUUCGGACCCGCUGGUCAGCCUCACUUCGAGCUUGACUUCGUCGGACUGUUCAGCAGUGCAUUCCAGUGGCACUACCCGAUGCCCGAGAAGGGUAGCUACAUGACUGUCAUUGUUGAUCUACUCCGGCCCCUCUCCGAAGGUCAGGUCACACUCAACAACGCGAACCCCAAAAACCAGCCAAACAUCAAUUUGAACUUCUUCGGCAAUGACCUGGAUAUCUUGGCUAUGCGCGAGGGCGUUCGCUGGACUUACGAUCUUCUUACCAAAGGUGCUGGAUUCAAGGACAUUGUUGUUGCUGAGUAUCCCUGGAAGAUGCCCCUUGAAUCCGAUGAGGAAAUGAACCGAGCUGUUCUCGAUCGCAGCCAGACUGGAUUCCACCCUUGUGGCACUGCUCGUCUCUCCAAGAGCAUUCACCAGGGUGUUGUUGACUCAAAGCUUCGUGUGCACGGAGUUAAAAAACUCCGAAUCGCGGAUGCCUCUGUCAUCCCUGUCAUCCCUGACUGCCGCAUUCAAAACUCGGUAUACAUGAUUGGCGAGAAGGGCGCGGAUAUCAUCAAGGCGGAACACAAGGAUCUGUAUGAAGCCAAGAACAUUCCCCUUCUCGUCUCCAGUAAGCUGUGA